UUCCAUUGUUAGUCAAACAUUGACAUCGCUGCUAUAAACAAUUUAUUUCUAUUCCAUUUAAUAAAAAAUCUUUGAAAUUUUCUCAUUUUUUGAUAUUUUUGUGCAAAAAUUCGUAGUUAAAAUGUCACACAGUCCACUGGACAAGAUUCAAGCAUUGGAUGCCAUUGAAAAAGAGAUUAUAACGUGUUUACAGAGCGCAGGUCAAUCGUUUCAAGAGCUUGGAAAAGAAAAAACCAGCCAAAAAGCGGUGGAAAAUAAUACACAACAAUUUCUCAAAUCGUUGAAUAUCAUUGAGACAAAAUUGUCAGAGCAAAUUAAUUAUCUAACACAAGUGUCGACUGGACAACCGCACGAAGGAUCUGGUUAUGCAUCGGCAAAAGUAUUACAGAUGGCAUGGCAUCGAAUUCAACACUGUCGAUCUCGUGUUCGUGAAUUAGACGAAUCGAAAAAUAAGUAUGUACAAGCAGCUGCACGGCAACAACGACAACAACAAGGAACCGCACCGGUUGCAUCCGGUCAACCCACUCCACCACCAAGUGUACCGCCAAGUACUACACCAGAAACCGCAGUCACUCCAACAAUGAUAUCAGCACCAAGUCCAGUCACUUCAGCCACAACACCAACGACAACCCCAUCAUAAUUCAUUAUUCCAUUGAACGAAAAUUAUUUCAAAUGAAUAUUAGUAUACAUGUCUAUUAUUUGGAUCUUAGAGUUUAAGAAAGAAAACUAAGAUGAAGAAAAAAAACCUGAAAUUAAAUUCCAUUUAUCCAAAAAAAUUAAUAAAAUUUUGAUUUUAAUAUACUUUUCACA